UGUAUCUCUAACCUAGAGAGAGGCACUGUAUGUCUGCAACUCAGUAAACGGACGAUACAGCGAGCAGAGAAGAAAACUUCCAAACAAGAUUUUUCUAACAAGAUCGAUCAUGUUUCUUCCUCAUGAAUUGAUUAUCGAAAUCUUACUGAAGUUACCGGUAAAGUCUCUUUUGCGUUUCAAGUCUGUUUUGGAUUUUACAGAUUUUGAAGUUAAAGGGUCAUGUAGAGGCUUCAUACUUAUCUGCGGUUCCUUAAACAUCUAUCUAUGGAAUCCAACCACUGGAGUUCAUAAACAAAUACCUUUAUCUCCUUUUGGUUCCAAAUAUGGUUUCAAUUUAGACGAUGUUUAUUUCUAUGGUUUUGGGUACGACCAUUCAACCGAAGAUUACUUGGUUGUUUUCAUGUCUCAUCAUGAUUAUUUACAAGAUUCUCCAUUACACUUGGAGUACUUUUCAUUGAAAGCUAAUACAUGGAAACAAGUUGAGGCUCUUCACUUCCCUUAUAGCUCUGUGGUUGAGCCCAAAGGUGGGUGUCUCUAUAAGGGAGCUAUUCAUUGGUUGGCUUAUCGUUAUGAUUUACAAAGUGAUGUUAUCGUUGCAUUUGAUUUAGUGGAAAAGAAACUUUCACAUAUGCAUUUGCCACAUCCUUUGCAAUGUGGUGGUUUGUGGCUAUAUGGAGAUUAUCUCAGCGUAUAUACUAAGAAUGAUACUGAUGAUGAAGUUGAAAUAUGGGUGAUGAAAGAAUACAAAGUGAACUCCUCUUGGACUCUUGUUCUUACUAUUGAUCUCAGCGUUUGUCCAAAUGUGGCCUUUUCUCCAUUGUGCUGUACAAAAAGUGGUGAUAUAAUUGGGGCAAGUGAACGCGAUAGAUUGGUGAAGUAUGAUAAAAAUGGACAAUUUCUCGAGCUACAUUCUUAUCCUAAAUACGAUCUUAUAUGCAAAAUGACUAUGUAUAUAGAUUCUCUGCUUUUACUCCCUGGUGAUGGUGAUAACAAGCAAGCUUGAGAAGAUGACAGAAACAAGAAGAAUGAGGUUACGAAAUAUUCCCCUUCACUAUUUUCUUGAUACUUAUAAUGAACUAGAUCAUAA